CGGCGCGCGCGCGGCGGGAGCGGCGGGAGGAGGAGGAGGAAGGAGAGGAAAGAAAGUAGCAGGAGGAAGAUGAGGAGCACGGCGCCUCGCAGCACUUUGCGGAAAAUAAUAAAGAAGCAUAAGCCGCAGUUACGCCUGGCGGCGAACGCCGACCUGCUGGUUCAUUUGAACUUCUUACUGUUUCUCCAUCGGCUAGCAGAAGAAGCCCGGACAAAUGCUUUUGAGAACAAAAGUAAAAUAAUUAAACCUGAGCACACCAUAUCUGCAGCGAAGGUUAUUUUAAAGAAAAGCAGAGGCUAGAAAACAGACCACUGGAAUUUUAAAGGACAUUUUUCAUGUUUUCUGACUAACUUGAGUUAUACUGUAAGCCAGCUGUGUAGCACUUGUGGAACUAUGUAGUUUUGUUGAUAUCUAUCUCCUGACUAUCUUGCUGUUUCUUUAAAAAAAAAAUUAAAAAAAUCUUAGAAUGUAUAUUUUCAUACACUUCAUGCAUAAUUUUAAACUGUGUAUCACUUGUCAUUUAAGACUUUUGAUGUACCUUAUUUCAUAAUGAUGAAGGAAUGCUUGUACCAUAGAUAUCCUUCAGGUACAAUCUGGCAUUUAUUACUAGAAGUGUGAAACUUCUUAAAGGGAACAGUAGUUAAAAAAAACUCAACAGGUUUCACUAAAUCCAGUAUAGAUUGUGCAGUUCAGAGCAGAUUUACUAGCUAAACAAAAUUAUGGCUUUCAAAACAAUUACUGUAGAAACAAGUAUAUUAAAUACCUUGUCUUCAGUUUAUUUAUAAAUGUCUUGAUAAUUUUAAAAUUGCUUUGAAAAGUAGAUUAAAACUUCUGAGUUCUGGGGAAAGAAUACAUAGUUGCUAUUUUAAAUCAUGGUCUGAACUCUUAAGCUGACCUGUUGAUGUAGUAUAUGUGACAACUUGGUGGUCUGUAAUUCGGUCGGUGUGGACAGACGCACAGGUUAUGAAAAAGGAAAGGUCUGGCACAGCUGAUGUUUUCGAAGUUAGAUCUUGUAAAAAUAACAAAGAUAAGUUGGCAUGAGUGACAAGCUAUUUCCUUCUCUCUUUUGAGUGUCAUACUAACUUGUCAGAAGUCUGUAAAUGUACAUUAUGCAAAAAUGUCUUCUUAAUAUAAUAUUCUGUUCCUAUUCUGAUAUUUGUAAUCAUUUACUGAACACUUUGCUUAAAAAAAAAUAAAGUUAUAGAUGAAUCUUAGAGUUUGAGCUGAUAAUGCAGUUUUGUGGAAUUAUAUGGUAGCUGAUCCUUGAUACGCACAGUGAACUAUUCUUAAAAUAAAGAACCUUUAAAAGUGUUA